AUGGCCCUUGUUGCAGGCAGUUUCAUUCGUAUGCCAAUUCUGCCUAUCCCUAACUACACGUCAAAAAAAUAUAUCACAGUUACUAUAAAAUGUGCUAAUAGUGAAAGCAAAGCAAAAGUUAGUAGAAGGAAACCAGGUAGCACAGGUAGAGGAGGAGGGGGGAAUGGUUCACAAACAACUAAUAGUCUGCUGCAGAGAAUUCCAGCAAAAAACUCUGAUGAUAAUGAUGAUGAUGAUCAACUUGACAAUAAUACUUUUGCAUUCAAUCUCAACGCCAAUGAGUGGCUGGUCAUUUUUCUUUGUUUGAUUGUCUUUGUGGGUUCUUCUUGCAUUAAAACACAUUAA